AUGGAAGUAGAAGGAGAAACUGCACGAGUAAAUCUGAACCGCGCCUUCGAUCCUACCGCCUUCAGUCUGGACGCAUCCUUUCGUCUAGUCCGCUACGCCGAUCCCAAGGGUAGUACUUGCAAGGUGCCGCAAAAAGUGCUAUUGAAUCUGCUCUCAAUACUGCACCCGGACACCUCUGCUAAGGAUCAAGACGGGGAAGUCUCACAUGUGGAAGGUCCACGCAUUGGCAUAGGUCUGGAUUGUGCCGUCAUCCCAUUGAAAUAUGACGUAUGCUUGGUGCAGACCACCGAUCUCUGCUACCCCAUCAUUGACGACCCCUACAUGAUGGGAAAGAUAGCAUCUGCCAAUGUGCUCAGUGAUUUGUACGCAAUGGGCGUGACCGAGUGCGACAAUAUGCUGAUGUUGGUCGGCGUCAGCACCAAGAUGAAGGAAAGGGAACGCGACGUUAUAAUGCCGCUAAUCUACCGCGGUUUCAGCGACUCGGCCUUGGAGGCUGGCACCAAUAUUAGCGGGGGCCACACCACCAUCAAUCCUUGGUGCACCAUUGGAGGUGUGGCAUCGAGCGUUUGCCGCCGCAACGAGUUCAUCGUGCCGGACAACGUUAUGGUGGGCGAUGUAAUUGUGCUCACCAAGCCUGUGGGCACCCAGGUGGCUCUGGCCGCAUACAACUGGAUCGAUAAGCCUAAGCUCUGGCGUCGCAUCAAGAAGUUCAUGUCCGAGGAGAUGGUCCGCAAAACCUAUUUCCAGGCCGUCAAUUCGAUGGCGCGUCUUAACCGUACCGCCGCGCGUCUCAUGCACAAGUAUAAUGCCCACGGGGCCACCGAUAUUACCGGAUUCGGUCUAUUGGGUCACGCCCAAACCCUGGCUGCUCGCCAAAAGCAAGAAGUCGCUUUUGUCAUUCACAAUCUGCCAGUGUUUGGCCUAUUGGCCGAGGUGGCCAAGUCCAGCAGAGGCGUCUUCGAACUGAUAGAGGGUCUUUCACCCGAGACUUCCGGAGGCUUGCUCAUCUGUCUGCCACGUGAGCAGGCGAACGCCUACUGCAAGGAGAUACUGAAGGAGGAGGGACACCGUGCCUGGAUCAUUGGCUUUGUUGAGAGGGGCAAUAGGACAGCACGCAUUAUUGCAAUACACAACCCCUAGUUAGUUAUACACAAUCUAGCUUUGUACGGGCGCUGCAAUACUUUUUGUACAAAUAUAUGGACAGUUUAGACGUAAA